UUUUAUGAUAUCCUCAUGUUUUAGUUGUAUAUACAUAGCUGACUAAACAAUCUCGUUAACACUGGUUACACAAUGAGUGAAGAUAUUUCUCACUACAAGCCAAAACACCCACUUCCAGAAGAAAUUCAAAAUUUACCAAGACAUGAUACUGUGUGCAAAUUUUGUGGUGUUAGUUAUCUAAUUCAUAAUGAAAUCAAACGACUUGAGGAUAAAAUACAGGAGUAUGAAAAACAGAUCGAUCGGUUGCAACAUUUUCAUGAUAGAGAAGAGAUUUUAAAAGAUGAAGUUUGCCAAUUAAAAAUUCAGUCAAAAGAAUUACUUAUGAAAUGGGAGUUGGAAGAGCAACGAUAUAACGAAUUGUAUACUGUUAGCUGUGGAAAGGAUCAAACCAUAGACAAUCUUCGUGCAGACUUUUUUAAAUCUACCGAAGAAGGAAAAGUACUGAAAAAUCAUAACGAAAAAUUAAAUCAACAGAAAAACGAGCUCGACCUGUACAUUCAAAAAAGUGUUUCUGCAGUAAAGCAAGAUUUUCAAAAACUAAGAGAUAGAUGCAGCAGAAUUCUGACAGAGCAGUGUGAUGAAAUGUCUGUUAUGAAGAAACUUCUAGUGGAAACAUUUCUCCAGGCACAGACGUUUUUAAAUAAGUCUAGAGAUGAGAUUCUUUCACAAGCCCAUAUGGAAAAACAAGAUCUAAUGAUUGAUUUUAAAGUUGCAAAGGAUCAACACACUAAACAGCUAAAUAAGUUAACAAUGGAUCACUCUUCAGAGUUAGCAACGCAGUUGAAAAUAUAUCAAGAUAAAGAAAAACAAAUUCAUCGUGAACAUAACAAGAAAAUACAAGAAUAUAAAGAUAAGAAUGAAGAUUUAUUGAAGUCAAUAGACGAACUUAGGGUCAUUCAUAGCAUUGAUAUGAAAGCAUCCUCAGAGCAGAUUGGAAAUUAUCAAAAAGAAGUUUCUGAUUUGAAAGAGUCGUUGAAAUUACUCCAAGCUUCUGGUAGUAGUGACAGACAGAAACUGCUCAACUCAAUUCGAAGUGUAGAAAAAGAAAAUAAGGAGUUGAAAGAGGAAAAAGAAAGAAUGAUAGAAGCGCAUCAGAAUCGAAUACAACAAUUACGCGAAAGCUUUAUAGAGAAAAUGAAAGAAGCUGAAAAAUGGCCUGGCAAGCUCGAACAUGAACUAGCUGCUCUAAAGAAUCAAUUUGACGUUGAAAAAACUGAGCUACGGAAAAGACUGGCUGAUUCAUACAACAAUGCUGCAUUGGAAAAAAAGAAAGAGUGUGACAUGAGAGUCGAGCGGGAAAGAAGGACCUUUCAAGAGCAGGAGCAAAAGUUGAAGUCACGCCUUCAGUCGAUGCAAGAAAAAUUCCAAAACGAAGUUGGUGAUUUGCAUGAUGUAAUGCAGAAAAUGAAGAGGGAGAAAGAAGACUUGAUAGCGUCUUCAAACAAAACUGUCUGCGAAAUGGAACGCGAAUUUCAAAGUCGAUUAGCCACUAAAACACAGCACAAUGAGUCUAUGUGCACAAGAAGAACUGAAGAACUGCAAAAUGUCGUCCAACUGGCCGAUCAAGAGAUUCGUGACAAAAAUAUAAAGUUACAGGAAAUGGAGGAUAAGAUACAAAACCUUCGUGACUGCGUUCGUCGAGAAUGCGAAGAAAGAUUCGAGUUAACAGAAUCACUCGCUCAAGCACGCACGGAACUUUUAUCGAUGCAGCGUUACUAUGGAAAUAAUAACUCGCUUUCAAAAAGUAUGCUUCCCAGUCCACCAGCGUAUGGAAGGAAAAGUUUCUUACAGAAUUAUGAACACAUGAAUAAUAGUAAAAAGGAUUCGGAUAGAAACGGUUUACCCACUCCUGUUUUAAGGAGAAACUAUUCUUCUGGAUCCGAAGGUAACACGAUAGGAAACUAUGUUGAACAAAAAAGCAAAUCCAGUGAACAAAGUAGAGAUCGCAUUAAUGUUGCUUUAGCUAGACAUUCUAAAAACAAGCUCAAAUUAAGCUUAAAGUCGCAAAAUAAAACAUCAUAAUUAUUA